UUCUCUCGCCUUCCCACCGAGCUCCGCCUCAUGAUCUGGGAGGCUGCUCUACCUGACACGACCGGAAAGCAUCUGUACUUCUGGAGGAAUCAUGUCUGGAGAAAGCCACGCUGGAAGCUACAAACCGACCCCACAACUAAUCAAGAAUAUGUCAAGUUUGAGUUUGACUCGCGUUCAUUCGGUUAUCUUGAAGUCGAAGUGCCGCCAUUCCUGGUGAACCGCGAAGCUCACGCGGUGGCCUUGCGCUGGAUUGAAAAGCAGCCCAAAAUCGAAAUUCGUUUCAACACCGCCACCAUGUCCUUCUCUUUCAUUCGCCUCUUUGACCCCAAUCACGACGCGCUCUAUCUCUCGUCCCAGGACUACCUAGAUCUUCCAUCUGAGAUAUACGAA